AUGACUACUGAAAUCAAAGAGUACAAUUAUGAUAGACUGCUAGACCUCACGGCAAGCUAUAACCGGCGGAUCCAAAACGACAAAUUUUCUCGUCUACCCUUCUUGGACAAUGCCACCGGGAUUGCACAGCGACCAUGCCAUCUUUACCGACAUAGUCAGGAACGUGCGACAGGUACAGGUUUCUCACAAAAGUUUAUCAGUAUCCUGCGCAUCGCUGGAAAAAGUCCAAGCGGCCGUAUUCUCAAGCCCCGGUCGUCUGUCACUCUGACUUGUGGAAUGGAACCGCCAAAUGUAAUUGGUCAUCUUAUUCUCAUCAUUUCUCCCGUAGUAACUCACGUGGCUACGGAUACGAGCUUGAAAGAAAUCGAGGACGAGGACAGUCGGAGUACAUGGGCUGCAGGACCUGAUUACGAUAUAGAUUCUGACGCUAGUGAUUUCUUAGACGAAACCUAUGGCAGCCGGAGGCGGCGAAAAAAACUUCGGUCGGCGCGAAUCAAUCGGUCAUUCAGUCAAGGGGUAGGCGGUCGUCGGCGUGCUCAAGCCUUUUCUGGUUAUCGUGAGUACGACGAAGACUCAAACGACCGCCCGAUUUCCGCACCCACGUUUGUGUGUGAGAUCUGUGGCGUCCGGUACCGGUCGCGGACUGGCCUCAAUUACCACUUCAAUUCACAGCAUCCCCAAGCUACCCGGACCGGUAGUGGUCGUGUUGUUCCUUUGUCCGAUCUCACUGUCCAAAGUCAGACCCCGCAUUCAAAUGUGCACAAUCAUUCUAAUGGUCCAUUUACCACUUCCUCUGGUCUCAGUAGUUCAGUUGCGGCCUCCGAUACCCACCUGAGAACCAGUACGGGAGUCCUAGCUUCAUUGAUCGAAGGCGUUGGUUUACCAGCAACGCCAUCUUCCACACGUCCCAAGCGACUCGCCUCCGAGCGGGGCAGCUCAAUCGUAGAGGCUGGCGGCGGAAAAUGGUCUACAUCAAACACGUCGGAUACGGAGUACGCUUGCGACUUUUGUCUGGGUGAUGCACGACUAAACAAAAAAACAGGUCAACCCGAGGAUAUGCUUCGUUGCUCCGACUGCGGUAGAUGUGCCCACUUCACCUGUCUACAGUUCACCGCAAACAUGGUUUCAUCUGUUCGAACCUAUCGAUGGCAGUGCAUCGAGUGCAAGACAUGUUGGUUGUGUGGGACCUCAGAAAAUGACGAACAAAUGCUUUUCUGCGAUGAUUGUGAUCGUGGCUACCACAUGUAUUGUCUCACUCCUCCCUUGUCCGAGCCUCCCGAGGGCAGUUGGAGUUGCAAGCUGUGCGUCGAUCACUUCAGGGAUGCGGCUGCUUCCUACCAGAAUCCUGGCUUGGCCACGAGCUCUAAACCAGAGGAUGGUAUUAAUCGUUCACCUUCAAAACCCGUUGGUCAUUCUGGUGACAAGUAUUCUAUGCUUCCGCUGAUCUCCGUGGCCAAUAACAAGGGAGUGACCAUCUCGAAUAAACAAGAAUGUCUCAACCGUUGGGCCGAAUACUUUGAACAACAAUUGUCAUGGCCACCAGCUGGCACCCAUCUGGAACCCACAGGUGACGUAGAAACUUGGACGGUGGACGUGGAACUACCUACGGCCUCGGAGGUCUACGACUGCAUAUGUCUUCUUAAGCGCCACCCAGCCUCUGGUCCGGAUGCCUCCCACCUGCAUUGUUCAAAGAUGAGGAUGGAGUCCUCAGUCAGCGCUUGUCUGAUCUGUUUGCUUGCAUUUGAGAAAAAGAAUCUGUCCCAGACAACUGGGGGGGAGUCGGUGAUAGUGCCCACUUUCAAAAAUGGGGCUCGUAGUGUGUGGCAACCACAGAGGAUCAGCUUGACCCCGGUCGUGGCGAGUCUGUUGGCGUCACUUGUACUUCGUCGUCUUACGGUGGCUCGUAAGACACUGACUCGAGAGCAGCCAGCGGGAUUCCGGCCUUGUAGGGGUUUCGUUUACCGAAUCUUCAUUCUUCGUGGUAGAACACGCCAUGCGUAUAAGCGACCCACAAUUCUAGUAUUCCUGGAUUUCCAAGGGGUAUUUGACUCGGUUGACCGGUCUGUUCUGCUCGACACGCUUGCCCACCAAGGAAUGCCCUGGAAACGUGUGAGAGUAUACGGCCAGCUCUCCAGAAGCUUCCGUACAUUAAGUGGUGUCUAUCAGGAAUACCCACUCUCCCAAUUCCUGUUUAACUUUAUGGUCGAUGAAAUCCUGAGACUAUCGCUGGAAGCCUGUGACGAAAACCUUGUCUAUCUGAAAUAUGCAGAUGACAUCGUUCUCAUAUUCGUAGAUGAGGAGGGGGCGCAAGAGUUAUUGGAUGAACUGACCAAAGUCAUACCCACAAAGUGUAAGGUCAUGCUCCUGGACAUGCAGUCACGGAAUAGGCCACUUGCAAUCCAGGGAAUCACUAAUAUUUGUAGGGCGUUUUACGUAUCUUGGAAGUUGUAUUGGUCCUGA